AUGCCUCCCACAAACGCGAACUCGACAACCUAUACUACGAACGCCCACACUACCGCCCAAAACGCCCCUACAUCUCGCCAUAUCCCAUCUGAACUCGAUGGCAACAUGCCCGCUGUGAAUGGCCCUCGUGUGACUGGACCGGCUGCUGCUCAUGCUGGCUCUCUCCUUGCGCGAUAUCGACCCUUGCAAUUCUCCAAAUUUCCCCUCUUUGCUGGUCAGAAGGCCCGCCGAUCUGGAUUUGGGUCUUCUCGCAGGCGUGGAACUAGUGGACAAAACUUUGCAGCGGCUUCCCCUCAGCCUCUUACGCCAACUAUAACAGCAGAACACGAUCCUGGCCCGCCUCCGGUCUAUUCACCCUUGAUUCCCCUGCAUGCCAGUAUUGUUCCCAACGUCUCAAUUCUGGGCGGGAAACCUGGAAGCUCAAAUUACGGUCCAUCUACACCGAAGGCAGGCACGGGAGCUUCUGUAACAGAUAUCGUUGUCAUCACCGUUUCAAUCGUACUUGGCGUGGCUCUCGUAGCCAUUGUUGCGUUCAUCUACAAAAUACGAAGAGAGAACCGCGUUCAGGUCCCGCAGCUCAAGGAGAAGCACCCAGGCGAUAUACCACCGACAGAGCCUCAGGCAUGGCAGACAUUCGACGGGAAGACCAUAACAUCUGCCUCAUGGAGUACACCUACGCUAGCCAAAUCACCCGGAGCUACGCAAUCUACGGACACCUUCAAGGGGUAUAACAAAGAACUCGGUAGCCAGGAGACUAUUGGAGAGCCUCGCGUCGUCGAACCGCCUAUUCCGACCUCUCACGAUUCUCCUUUCGUUAUAUCUGGAUCUCAGUCUCUCACCACCGUAUCCUGCGACGCUUCUGACCACGGUUCUACGGACGGAUUCUCACUUUACGCACCACCCGACGAAGAUUUCCAAGAGAAACUCCACAACGAGGAAUCUGAUAUCGUCUGCGCCUUGAGCUAUGCUGUUAGCGACAACUCAGUCGUUCUGGAGGCCGCUCGUCGGACCGGUGAAGAAGCUGGAUUUGGUGAACACACACACCCUUCCAACGCAAACGAGGAUGACUUCGACCCAGGCGUCACGAUCCGUUCAGAUGAGUUUGAAUCUACUUGCGGUAACGAUACCAUCGCUGCCGAGUUCAGCACAGUGGAAACCGCCGAGAGUAGAAAUUUGGAAGCCACGAAAGCAGUCCUUAUACUCGUGUCAUCUGAGGCCGAACCUAGCCAAGGAGCGCAACCCACCCAACUAGAUACCAGCAGCACUAGUACGCCGGAAGCAGCGAACCUCCUCAACAGCAUCGAGUGUCAGAGCGCUAUCGCUUCCAUUAUUACCACUGCUAGUUGCAACUCGCUACUCCAGCCACCAUCCUUGAUGAUCACGCAGCCUAGCUCAAACAACGUCUUCGGUCUACACUCUAGUUCCAGCACCAUUACCGUGGAUCUUAAUGAAUUCCCUCCUCCACCCCCGCCUCGCGUUGAAGUACCAUUACCCCAGCUAGAGCUUGAUUUCCCCGUGUAUAUGUGGGACGAGGAUGGGGAUAUGUUGACUGUGCACCAGCGAAACACGGUCACCGACCAAUUCAUAUCUAUGUAUUCGUAG